CUACUAUAUAUACGCAUCCAAUCCACUGGAUUCUUGCCAGCUCCUAUCUCUGUUGUUCUACAUAUAUACACGCAUGCAUGGUGCUAGUCAACUCAUACGUAAUCUCCGACUAACCUAGAGUUAUUAGAGGUAGCUGAAUCCUAGCUGGGAGAUUGAGCAGCUUUCGAUUGAUCACCAUGGAUAGCAGCUGGCUGCAUGGCUACACCAACAACAACACCGGUAACAACGGCUUCAUGUGCGGCUACGCUGCCAGCUAGCUGAUCGAUUACUCUCUGCAUGCGCAGCUACACCCCUGUUGAGUUGCAGCACAGGGAGGAGGAGCAGCAGCAACUGCUCAUCAGCUCACAGAUUCAGCACCACCUGAACCAGAUCAGCAUGCACAUGAGCAUGGAUGACGAGGCAGUCUACGACGUGCCUUCCAACGACGGAGCCAUAGACAUGCAGCAUCAGCUCCCCAUGGUGGACGGCCUCUUCGAUUCGCACCACGCCGCCGGCAGCUUCCCAUCGUCGUCAUCCUCCUCCUCGCUCUCGCUCUCGCUGCGCUCCGCCUCCCUAUCCUGCAGCCCCGAGAGCUCGUCGCGCAUCCUCGCCGCAGCUCCGGCGGCUGGCUACCAAUACCCGGAGGUCUCCUCUCACGUACUACCAUUAGCACACGAACUGCCCAACGACGACCACCACUACCACGGCCAGUACGCGAACAACCUUCACGUGCCAACACCAGCGGCCCGUCACGAAGCGGUGGCAAUGGCGCCGGAGUUGCCGGCCAACACCGGUGCGUUCAAGCGCUACGCGCGGCACCUCGGCCCGAGAAGGCCGCCGAAGCCGGGCGCGUGCGGCCAGAGGAUGUUCAAGACGGCCAUCUCGGUGCUGUCCAAGAUGCACAUGGCGGCGAGGCAUAAACAGCAGUACUACUACCAGGCGUCCGCCGAGGCGGCGGCGCCACCAGCAUCUGUGAACCAGCUGCAACACAUGAUCUCCGAGCGCAAGCGGCGGGAGAAGCUCAACCACAGCUUCCACGCCCUCAAGGCCGUCCUUCCAUUAGGCGCCAAAAAAGACAAGACGUCGAUCCUGAUCAGGGCAAGGGAGUACUUGAGAUCUCUCGAAUCCAAGUUGUCCGAGCUCGAGGAGAAGAACAAGUCGCUGGAGUCGCGGCUGACCCAGCGCGACAGCGGCGACGACGGCCGCAAGGACGCCGGCGACAACGAUUUCGGCGAGAAGGUGCGGAUCGAGAUAACCAGAGAAGCGGAGGAAUGGGCAAUCGAACCUCGUGAUCUCUGCACGCUGAAGAUAGUGGUGAGGUCGCGGUGCAGCAUGACCGACGUGGUGCUUCGGACGCUGCAGUGCCUGAAAGAUCAGGUGGGGGAUGGCGUCAGCAUGGUGGCAAUGAGCACCAGCUGCAGCACUGGACCUCCUCAAACGAACACUUUUCCACGAACUGUCCUGACGUUGCAAAUCAAGUCGCCGGGCGCUGAAUGGGACGAGCAGCCGGUCAAGGACGCCGUGGCGAAGGUCGUCGCCGAUGCGCUGACGCUGCCAUCUUCGGAAACCGCGGCGGCGCCUCAGCGCCAGUAAAGCUGCUUCGACGAGGCUUCUGAACUCAGCGGCUGGCUAGCUACUCUGCUGCGAGCACGCACGCCCCCAAGAGACCGCCGCUUAACUGAGAAGACCCGUCCGAGUGUCCGUGACACCAACCCGACCCACUCCAUGGGUGCAUGCAUGGUGGAUCGGUGUGGUCCGAGGAAGAAGUGUCAGCGCGUGGACAAUUCUACUUCCACGUACGAUGUUGACGGAUGAUGAUGUGCACACAUGAUUAGCAUAGACCACACGAAUCCAUGGAAAAGUACACAGUAGGAGGAGUACUAACAUGUAUGCAAUGUGGACGUCAACCUACCUAGGAGGAGUACUAACAUGCAUGUAUGCAAUGUGAACGUCAACCUAGGAGCUUUCGAUGGUUUUGGACUUUCGAAUAGGGGGGAGUGUGACUGUAUAAUCUCAUCAUAUAUAUGUACUUUUACCAGUAGUAAUUCAUAUAAUGCACGAUCAGUCUUUCCCUCCCUCGGAGAUGUUCAUA